UAUGAACGGCAGAACAAAGCGACUUGGAAAGUGAUACAGGCGGAAGAAUGGUCGGACAGGCUAGUAGCAGCAGCGCUGGUGAGGCUGCGGAGCCCGCCGGACUGUACAAACCCGUGUCCAAGCUCAAGUCAGGCUUCAAGGCGCCCUCAGUGAUCAAUCGCUCCAACUACCUCGCUUCAGGCGGACCAAGCGCCGCUGCCACUCCGAGCCUUGUUGUCAGGCUCAAGCGCCGCAAGCUUGAUUCGGGAAGCACUCCUACGAUACCAGAGGACGAAAAUUGUGUUGCGCUUCCGCAGGCAACAGGCACUCCAUCAAGGCAGCCAUCGUACCCUUCCGGCUCUGCGGUCAAGCAUACAGAGAGCAACGGGUUCGAUGUAUACUCUUGUACCUGGCGCAAGCCUCAAUUCAGAAAGCACAAGACGUGGGAUGGGGACGGAUACUUGCUAGUAUUCAAAGAGUCACAAAGAGCAUUACUAAAAUGCGCGGACAGCAAAGUAGAGCUCGCGUCUUCCGACAGGUUCCAUCGGGGACCGCUUGUGAAUGACGAGGAAUUCUCUAUGGGAGGCAAGGAACUUCAAAUCUGCGAGCGCGUGACUUAUGCCGAAUUUAAAGCUGCGAUGGGGAAAUCUACUAAAGAUAUUGCAGAAGGUGCUUUAGAUUUGCACGCUCCUUCCACACAGUCGACAGCCAGCUAUCUCCGAGAGACGAUGACGAAUUUCAUGGCGCCGGCCAAAGUGCCCACUUUUUAUUCCAAAGAUCCACCAAAGAGAGCGCACGAUGACUUGGACGGUGAACCUUCGCAUGGGAAGCAGUUGCGCAGCGCCUCGCCUGUUAAAUUGGCGGCCGGGAUAGCCAACCCUGGUCAAGGCAAGGUUCCACAUGCUCGAUUCUCAACUGAAAAUCAAGAUGCCAUCAUUAUGCGGCGGCCAGACGAGGCGCACCAAAAGAGGUUCAACGCUAAGGGGUUGCCCAUUGUCGACGUCGUUAUUGACCCGCACGUCGGUAAGCAUCUUCGCCCACAUCAAGUCAAGGGCGUCAAGUUCCUGUACGAGUGUGUGAUGGGAAUGAGGGAAGAUGGAAACGAUAGCCAAGGGGCCAUCCUGGCGGACGAGAUGGGCUUGGGCAAAACCCUGCAGACCAUCACUCUCAUUCACACGUUACUCAAGCAAAGCUGCUACUACCAGCCGAAAUCCUGGACCAUCCAAAAAGCACUCAUAGUCUGUCCUCUAUCGCUAGUCAAGAAUUGGAGACGCGAAUUCCGGAAGUGGCUCGGCAACUCUGCCAUCAAUGUGCUGUGCAUCGACGGCGACAAGAGGGUGUCCAUCAAGAGCUUCCUUUAUUCAAAGUCUUAUCACGUCAUGAUCAUCGGCUACGAGAAGCUGCGAAGCUGCAUGGACCAACUCAAGGAUGCACAGCCGCCAAUCGACCUGAUCGUGUGCGAUGAGGGGCACCGUCUCAAGUCUAAGGACGCGAAGACGACCAAGAUGUUCCAGGCGCUUUCGACGCCACGGCGCAUCAUCCUGUCCGGCACACCGAUCCAGAACGAUCUGUCUGAGUUCUUCAACAUGGUCGACUUUGUAGCGCCAGGUCUCCUCGGCACGUAUGCCACGUUCAAGCGCGUCUUUGAAGAGCCGAUCAUGAAGAGCCGCGUGCAGAACUGCGGGUCCAAGGCGAUGCAAGAGGGGCGAGAUCGUAGCGAGAUGCUCAAAAAGGCUACGGACGACAUUAUUCUGCGCCGGACCGCAGACCUGCUCUCUGAGUAUCUUAAGCCCAAGACGGAGAUGGUAGUCUUUUGCGCUCCUUCGCCGGUGCAGCUGCACAUCUACGGGCAGAUCGUCGGAUCCCAAGAAGUCAAGGCUAGCGUGGGCGCCGGUACCUUUGGUAAUCCUUUGCCUCUCAUUUUGACACUUCGUAAACUCUGCAAUGCACCUCAACUGCUCAUCAAGGCUGCAGGCUUGGCGCGCGGCACGGACGAGGAAGUCAGCCCGUUCAUCCCAGAGGAUGCCCUUGAGGCGUUGAAACAGCCCGGUAUUCGCGACGCCAAUGUCAGCGGAAAGCUCACAACGUUAGACCGCCUGCUCAAAGCGAUCCACAAGACGACCGACGACAAGGUUGUAGUCGUUUCGAACUUCACCAGUACACUGGAUAUCAUCGAAUUUCUUUGCGAGCGGCGAGGUUGGCCCUUGCUCAGGCUCGACGGAAAGACCAAGACAGAGACGAGGCAGGAACUCGUCAAUGAAUUCAACCGCAGUCCUGCGUCCUCCUCGUUCGUCUUUUUGCUCAGCGCCAAGUCUGGCGGCGUCGGACUCAAUCUGAUUGGAGCGAACCGGCUUGUGCUGUUUGACAGUGACUGGAAUCCCUCCACGGACAAGCAAGCUAUGGCGCGGAUUCAUCGCGAUGGGCAAAAGAAGCCUUGCUUCAUCUAUCGCAUGCUGUUGGCCGGUACGAUGGAUGAGAAGAUCUAUCAGAGACAGUUGUCCAAAAUCGGGCUCAGUGACUCGCUCAUGGAUGCUGGAACGGGCUCCAGCAGUAAAGCAUCCGACACCUUCUCCCCCGAAGAGCUGCGCGACAUUUUCACACUGCACAAAGACACACCGUCGCUCACGCAUGAUCUAUUGCAGUGCGAGUGCAGCGGCAACGGGGUCAUCAAUGUCCCGGACGUCGUGGAUGAGGACAUGGAUGGGGAGGAUGAGGAGGAAAAUGCACAGCAAGGGUUUGUGAUGGUUUCGCAGUAUGAAACCAAUGAACUUAUCAAGGCGAGCAAGGACAAGCGUGCAAGGCUCUCGGCACUCUUCAGCUGGGGUCAUUUUGACUGCAAAGCAGCAGAUGGACUUCGAGAUUCGAUGAUACAACGGUUGAUCGAGCGUCAGAACCGAAAAGCCGGAGCAGAUGGUGGCUCGCAACCCAAUUUGCCAGCCAACCCAGCUGCAGCAGCACGUCCGUGCAUGUCUCUUCUCGAGCAGCUAGAUGCAGGAGAGGUAUUGAACGCGACUGAUCAGGCUGCCUGGCGAGACCACAAGCCGUUUGACGUGACGCAGAUGGCGUCCGGAAGCAUCUUGCAUGUUUUCGAGAAGACGAGCAGCAGCAUGACUGGCAAAACAGACGCAGACAAGGAACUUUGAGUAGAACCCCAUCCGGGGAAAUUAGCAUGGUUGCAAGCAUAGACACAUUUCGUAGUCAUUCAACAAGUCAUAAGCUCAUAAUAGAAAGCGCAAAGAAUCG